AUGAUCGCUCGCGCGUCGGGAGCGUCCGACGUCGCGUCCGCCGAUCGUUCUGUGGCAAAGCCAACGGCGAAUGGGGAGAAGUCUUUCAGCGGCAUGGACGGCACGGAGUGGUUUUCUCGAAACUUUUCAGAGCAAGGGAGGAAGUUUAGUGAGGUUUUUCCGGUGCGUUACGCCGAGACCGGGCCGAACGGGGAAGCGACGAUGGUGACCAUCGCCGAUCUGAUCCAGGAGUGUGCAUGCAACCACGCGCAAGGUAUCUGGGGCGUAGGGCAGUCAAUGCCGGCGGAGAUGGCGAAAGGUCACUUGGCGUGGGUGUGCACGCGUCUCCAUCUAUGUGUGAGAAAAUAUCCGAAGUGGGGCGAGAAGAUGGAGGUGAGCACGUGGUUCGAGCCUCAGGGAAAAAUUGCGGCUCGUAGAGACUAUUCCAUCACGGACGAGUCUGGAGUUCAAAUAGGCGAAGCCACGUCGCAGUGGGUUGUGCUGAAUCUCAACACACGUAGGAUGGCACGUAUCCCGAAUUCAGUUCUAGAAGAUUUCAAGUAUCAAGCUCUCGAGCGUCAGGUGAUGGAAGAGGGGUACGCUAGUGACAAGCUUGCCGAUGUGACCGAAAUCGCCGCCAACCAGUGCGUCUCACCGAUUACGCAUCACGUGCGACGAAACGACAUGGACAUGAACGGUCACGUCAACAAUGUGGUUUACGUUCAGUGGAUUCUCGAGAGCGUUCCUCAGGAGACUUGGAACGGGCGCGCGCUUCAAGAGAUAAUCUUGGAGUAUCGGAGCGAGUGCAAUUUUGGUGAAUGUAUCACGGCAACGUGCUGCGAGGUUGAGGAGCAAAGCGACUCGUACGUGCUGCUACACAAAUUGGCGAGAGGUGAUGACGAGAUUGUGAGAGCCAAGACGGUGUGGACGAAGCAGAAGACAUCGUAA